AUGGAACAGCAGUUGGUGGAGUUUUUGGUCGAAAUGGAUCAUCGUUUUUAUGGCCUUACUAGGUUGGAUGUCAAAAAGAUGGCUUAUCAACUAGCCCUAAAGAAUAAUAUCAAGCACCCGUUUACCUCAAAUGCAGCUGAUAGGGCUUGGUUUGAUCUUUUUAUUAGGCGACACAAAAACAAAAUCACAAUUCACAAGCCUAUGGGAACCUCAUUUUCACGUGCCAAUGGGUUCAAUAGGGAAGCAAUAGGCAAGUUCUUUGACAUUCUGGAAGCUGAGUACGACAAGCACAAUUUCACAGCUGAUCGUGUCUACAACGUGGACGAAACCGGACUAACUGUAGUCCAGAGCAAGAUACCUCAUGUAGUAGGGCUUAGAGGUAAACGUCAAGUGGGGGUAAUUACAGCAGCUGAACGAGGUUCGCUGGUGACUGUGAUAUGCUGCAUGAGUGCCGGUGGAAGCUUCAUUCCACCGAUGAUGAUCUUUCCCAGGAAGAAUUGGACAGAUACUCUAAUGAAAGGAGCGCCACUUGGGGCGAUAGGAAAAUAUCAUCCAUCUGGAUGGAUUCAAACAGAGAUUUUUACUGAGAGGUUUGAUCAUUUUCUUGCUAUGACGCAUCCCACAGCAGAGUCACCGAUUCUGCUUGUCUUAGACGGGCACAACAGCCACGCAAGAAACCUUGAUGUUAUUGAACGUGCAAGGAUGAACCAUGUAACAAUUGUGAGCAUCCUCCCUCACACCUCGCACAAGACUCAGCCACUUGAUAAGACAUUCAUGGGCUCGAUCAAGACAUACUACAGUGAGUACAUCCGCCAAUGGCUGCGUCAAAGCAAUCGACCCUUAGGGCCUUACGAUACAGCCGAAUUGUUUGGUAAGGCUUACUUACAAUGA